ACCACCCAGGCACCUCUGAUAUUUAUCAUUUCUGAUGUUUUUUAUUCUCCUUGAAAAUCAAGUUUCCUUCUUGCAUUUCCCUUCAGCCUGAAGAACUUCCUUUAGGGAAUCUCUGGUAGAGAAAACUUUCAGUUUUCUUCGCCCUGAAAAUAUGUUUAUUCUAUUUUCCCCUUUUAAAGGAGUUCUUCCUGCAGGUGGAGUUUGGGGCAGGCAGCUCCUGCUUGUUUUCCUUCAGCACAGCAGGGUGUGCACCUGCUCACCCUACUCACCUCUUUCGUUUCUGAGGAGAAGCUGAUGGUAAUUCAAUUGCGGUUUCCCUGAACUCAAAGUGUUACUUUUCUCUGGAUGCUUUCAUGAUUCUCUCCCUUUUUUUGGAUUUCAGAAGUUUGACUGUGUUGUGCCUAAGCAUGGUUUUUAUGUUCCUUGCAAUUCGCUGAGCUUCCUGGUUUUGUCAUUUUGUGUCUUUCACCGCAUUUGGGAAUUUUCAGCCAUUAUUUCCUUGAACUACUUUUUACCCCAUUACGGUUCUCUCCUCAUUCUGGGACUCCAAUGACCUGUCUGCUUUAGCUUUUGAUGUUAUCCAUCAGACCCUUGACGGCCUAUAUCUCUCAAUCUUUUUUUCUCUCUGAUCUACAGAUUGCAUAGUUUUUAUUGAUUCAGUGACUCUUGAUCCUGUCAUAUUUUCGGUGCUAUCAAAUCUAUUUAGUUAAUUUUGUUCAGAUAUUGUAUUUUUUAGUAUCAAAUUUUUUUUUAUAUUUUCUGUUCUCUAAUGAGACUUCCUGAGUUCAAAUUGAUUGCAUGUGUAUUUUCUUUACUACUUGGAGUGUGUUAAAAUGGAUAUAUUAAGGUCCUUGUCUGAUUAUUUCAACAAGAUUGAUGUCCAGGACGCUGUGAAUGUUGUGUUGAAAAGGAUCUGAAGACUGGUGCAUCUUCUGAAGAAUGCUGAUGUUUUGAUUUGACAGGAAAGCAACUCUAUUAAACUCAAUUUGCAAAUAUCACCUCAUCUGUAAUGGGCAGCGGCUCAAAUCUCAGGGGUGUUUGCGUGUUUGUUUCAUUUUAUCUUAACAAGGUGAAUGCGUGGUUCAGGGGUUAGCAAGAGUUAUGGGCAGAGUUCACAUAUAGAACCUAAGCUCCCUUUUCUGGGUUUUCCUUUCCAGAAGCUGUGGCGCUUCUUCCUUAGCUCUAUCUUUGUGUUCUAAGUUUAGAAGGAGGGUGGAUAUCUUGUUUGUUUUGUUUUAGCCUCUCCAUACCACACUGCAGUCAGAGAGAACAUACUCUGGGCUGUUCCAUUUUUCCAACUUUUGACUUUUAUCCAAAAUAUGCCUGUAUUUAUUUCAACUUUCAUAUUCUUCGGGUAGUUUUUUUGUCGGUUUGUUUUAUUUCGUUUUGUUUUGUUCCCCCCGAGUUUUACUUGUUAUCGGUGGGAGGGUCCACCUGUUAGAAGCUCACUCUGCUUUAUUCAAAAUGGAAUUACUCAUUCGAGUUUUAAUCUUUCAAGUAACUCCCCUACCUAAAAUCCUUCAAUAACUUUCCUUUGAUUUUAGGAUAAAGUUCAAAUUUUUUAGUAACAUAUAAAUACACCUGGUAGUUCUCCAACCCGUAUUUGUUGAAUGAAAGCUAUUCCCAUAACAUAUGAGAUAUGGUCAUAUUGAAUCAUAAUGCCCUUAUCCUUAAUAAUAUCUUACAGGGUUGCCUGGGUGGCUUAGUUGGUUAAGUAUCUGACUCUUGAUUUCAGUUCAGGUCUUGAUUUCUGCCCCAUGUUGGGCUCCAUGUUGGGUAUGAAGCCUACUUAAAAUCAUCAUCAUCAUCCUCUUAAGAUGAAAAACUUUGAACAUUUAAUAAUUUCUACAUUAAUUAGUUGACUAUUCAUGAGUUCUUCUAACUAGACAGCUAUUAAUAAGUCAAAGAACAUAUAUUUUGAAUAUCUACUGCUACAAAGCUCUGUCAUGAAGAGUGAAUGGAAAGGAAAGGAUGGAGGGAGAGUGGUUUUCAUCUGUGGAGUUUAUAGUCGAAUUGGACAGAUAAAAAUUUUUCAUAUACUAUGAUUUUGGAAAAGCAGUUAUACCAGGCACCCAUUAAUAACAGCUGGGUCCUCUUAUAAGAGAGUAAGUUGUGUGUAAUAUCUUAGAGAAGAAGAAAAGGAAUGGGGACUAUAGAUCUUCUGGAAGGGAAGGUACCCGAGAUGGGGCUUGAGGGAAAAAAGAGACGUCUAGGCAGAGACAUAGGCUGGAGGGAUCCGGGCUGGAGGACAGGUUGUUUGCUUUACUCUCCUGUAAACCUCAUUUAGGUAAUACCUGACCCAGAGGCCCACACGCUAUUCAGUAGAGCAUGAAAAAUAGUUUCUUCCUAAUGGACAUUACAAACCAAAGUUGACUUCCAGCCCUUUCGGAGCUGUAGAACCUGUUUUAAUCAACUUCUCUUGAUAAAAGAGCUGGAUUUUAGCAACUGUCCCUCCUUUGUCCUCUCUCCACUGAUGUCUGGAGCCAUGAGAAUCUUUUUCUUAACUUUUGCUGCUCUCAUUCUCCUUGCUGGCAUUUUCUCAGCUAGCGGAGGGAUGCACAGAGAGCCACGUUGUCUGAAACCGGACGGUCACCGUGAAGCCGAGUGCCUUUCCUUUGAGGUUAAGAUUGGGGGCUGUAGAACUGAACUGACACCACUCUGUGGAAGAAAAAGGAAGAACAAGUACAAGCCAAGCCGCAGCUGCAAAAAAAGAGAGGCGAAGAUACUCUGGCUGUGAGCUCCGUGCGGCAAAGCUCUGGGUUUUCUCUCUUGCCCUCUAAAGUUUGCAUUCUUUGAGUGAAGCCAUCAGUCCAGCUUCUGACACUGCAGGGAAAUGCCCGCCCUAGGCCCUGAGCUUCCUGAGGGAAGGCACUGAGUCUUGUUCACCUUUGCACCCCCACUUGCUGGCAUAGGGCCCAUUCACUAUUUUAUUGACUGAUGAAGUCAGUGAGGGAGUGAAUGAACAGGUAAAACAGAUAGAAUGGAAAGGGGGGACCAUGGUUCAGAUGGGUUCUGAAGUGACAGUCCUGGCUUCAGACCCAUGUGUGACCCUGGCUUUUGCUGUUCAGACUCUGGGAUCCGUGCUAUAAGAAGAGUCAACCACCUAGUAAAUAGACCACCUGCCUUCGCGGCACUGCUGACAAGUACCCCUCCGUAUCCUUCCCAGGUAAGAGUUGCUAGAAUGUCCUCCACACUCUGUCCAAUCGGGGACAUGAAGUGACCCAAAGAAACUGGCCCGUGUCAAAGUUCAGGUUGGCCAAAGAUUGGGUAGCACCUUCCUUCUGGCCACUUGCCGCGAGAAUUGAUCCCGUCGUGGCCUAUUCAAGUCCCAGGUGCCUAGAGAUAAUCUAAUUCAACGCUCUUAUUACAGAUGAGGAGGUAAAGGCCCGGGAAGAUCCCACAGCUACUAGCUUAGUUAUAGCCGUAUCUAGACUUUGGCUUUUUGGUCCUGUGUUCUUAGCAUGUGUACAAAAUGGUGUGCCAGAUGAGGACAGAAGCCUACGGCUGAAACAGCUUUUAAACCUUUUUUUUUUUUUUUAACUUUUUUAAAAUGUUUAUUCUUGCGAGAGAGAGAGAGCACAUGUGCAUGCAUGAGCAGAGGAGGGUCAG